AUUUUUUUCCCCUGUGCCACGUCGGCCAUUACAAAAUCAUCAUAUCCAUUGACAUUAUCUACAAACUGGGGUAUUUUAAACCAAAAUGCAGUACCUUAGGCGAGAUAAAAAAGACGAGGAAGAAUCGAUGGUGAAUCCAUUCCAGAACAUCGAUAAGGGAAUUGUCCUUCAAGAGGCCAGAGUGUUCAAUGAGACUCCGAUUAACAUCCGAAAAUGUAUCCAUAUUUUGACCAAAAUCCUCUACCUCAUCAACCAGGGGACACAUCUGGGCACUGUUGAGGCCACUGAGGCAUUUUUUGCCAUGACAAAGCUUUUUCAAUCCAAAGAUUUGAUGCUGAGAAGAAUGGUAUAUUUAUCUAUCAAAGAACUGUCAACUAUUGCUGAGGAUGUUAUCAUUGUUACUAGCAGCUUGACCAAGGAUAUGACUGGAAAGGAGGACAUGUUCCGAGGCAGUGCCAUCAGAGCUCUGUGCAAGAUUACUGAUAACACCAUGUUGCAAGGAAUUGAGAGAUACCUGAAACAAGCAAUUGUGGACAAGAACCCAAGUGUUUCUAGUGCUGCACUAGUAUCAGCUUUGCAUCUGCUGAAGCCCAACUAUGAUGUCGUCAAGAGAUGGGUCAAUGAAGCCCAGGAAGCAGUGUCAAGUGACAACAAUAUGGUUCAGUACCAUGCCCUAGGCCUUCUGUAUCACAUCAAGCAAAGUGACAGACUUGCUGUUUCUAAGCUCAUAGCCAAGCACUCUAAGCAUUCUCUUAGGUCUCCAUAUGCAGUCUGCAUGCUGAUUCGUAUUGCAUCCAAAUACCUAGAUGAAGAGCCAGAUGCCGCAAGCAGCCCAUUGUAUGAUUUCUUGGAGAAUUGUCUGAGGCACAAGAGCGAGAUGGUCAUUUAUGAAGCUGCUCGUGCAAUUGUGAACCUGAAAAACUUGAAGUCCAAAGAUUUGUGCCCUGCCAUUUCUGUUCUUCAGCUGUUCUUAAGUUCUCCACGCCCAACUCUGAGGUUUGCGGCAGUGCGUACGUUGAACAAGGUUGCAAUGACCCAGCCCAUGUCUGUUACUACAUGCAACUUGGACUUGGAGAACUUGAUCACUGAUGUCAAUAGAAGCAUUGCAACRCUGGCUAUAACAACUUUAUUGAAGACUGGCAAUGAGAGUAGUGUCGAGAGAUUAAUGAAGCAGAUUUCUUCUUUCAUGUCGGAAAUCUCAGAUGAAUUCAAAAUUGUGGUGGUUGAGGCAAUCAGGUCUCUCUGCCUCAAGUUCCCUAAGAAGCACCUUGUAAUGAUGAACUUCUUAUCGUCAAUGCUCAGAGAUGAGGGAGGAUUUGAGUACAAAAAGGCUAUAGUGGACACAAUUAUCAUAAUCAUUGAAGAAAAUUCAGAGGCAAAAGAAGCAGGGCUGUCCCAUCUGUGUGAGUUCAUUGAGGACUGUGAACACACUGUUCUGGCAACUCGCAUCCUUCAUCUUCUUGGCCGUGAAGGACCCAGAUCUCAACAACCUGGAAGAUACAUCCGGUUUAUCUACAAUAGAGUUAUCCUAGAGAAUGCUGCCGUCAGAGCUGCUGCUGUCACUUCCUUGGCCAAGUUUGGUGCCCACUGUGAAAGCUUGUUACCAAGCAUUGAAAUCCUUCUUUCAAGGUGCUUGUUGGAUACUGAUGAUGAAGUAAGGGAUAGAGCAACAUUCUACUUGAGAGUCUUGCAGCAGAAAGACAAAGGACUUUCAUCAGCAUACAUCCUUAAUGGACUCCAAGUGUCCAUUGUUGGAUUAGAGAGAGCCUUACAUGCGUAUGUCAAAGACACCAACCACAGCAUACCCUUUGAUCUCAAGACUGUUCCCUUGGCGACCACAUCUAUGCAAGAGCAGGUCAUUAAGGCUGGCAAACCAGUUAUUGAGACUCCUGCUGCUUCCACCAAGCCAACAGCUCCUGUUGCUGCAGCCAGACAAGACGUUUAUGCUACUCAAUUGGCCGCCAUUCCAGAGUUUGCCAAGCUCGGGCCUCUAUUCAGAUCUUCUCCCAAACCUGCUGAGCUGACUGAAUCAGAGACCGAGUAUGUGGUGAACUGCAUCAAACAUGUCUACACUGAUCACGUGGUCUUCCAGUUUGAUUGUACCAACACGCUGAAUGACCAGGUCCUGGAGAACGUGAGAGUGGAGGUGGAGCCUUCUGACGGCGAAUUCGAGAUAGUGACCCAAAUACCGUACCCCCUGCUAUCAUACAAUCAACCAGGGACGACCUAUACCUUGAUUAAACUACCUGACGAUCCCACGUCUGUCGCUUGUACGUUCUCAUGUACGCUUAAGUUCGUGGUUAAAGAUUGCGAUCCAAAUACUGGUGAAGCUGACGAAGAAGGUUACGAGGACGAAUACGUGCUGGAAGACGUCGAUCUGGUUGUCGCUGAUCAAGUGCAACCUGUCCUCAAGACCAACUUCCUGGCUUCUUGGGAAGAAGUUGGUGAUGACUACGAAAGGCAGGAUACUUACGCUCUCUCCCAGAUGUCUAGCUUAGACGAGGCUGUCAAGCAAAUCAUCCAACAUCUCGGCAUGCAACCGUGCGAGCGGAGUGACCGAGUACCCGAAGGAAAAAGCUCUCACGCCCUCCUCCUCGCUGGUGUUUACCGUGGCAAUAAAGAUGUUCUCGUCAAAGCAAGACUAGCAUUUAACCAAGGAGUCACCAUGAAUAUCACUGUACGCAGCAAAGAUGAAAGCGUUAGUGAGGUCAUACUUUCUGCUGUAGGUUAGACCGGUUUUACUAGAAAAACUGGUUUGACGAAAAACCAUACACCUUAUAAAUUCAAUAGUAUACUUAAUGAACUAAAAAAUCAACAGCAUUGUCUUUGAUGAUAACUCUUUCAGUUUUAUGUCCACGUUUUCCCUGGUAGAUUGGGUUAAAACAAUAUCCUCUGAACCAAAUCAAGUUUCCCAAAAUACGUCAUAUUAUAUAGGAAUGAAAAAUAAAUAUUGCAGGAAAAUAGUCAGAGUUUUUGUCGUUAUAUUAUUUAUCUACAAGCUUACUUGGUCUUAAUAAAUAUCUGGUCAGUCACCAUAGUUACUGUUGACAUGACAUUAUGCUUCCCCAGCCCUUGGAGGCAAGUCAACACUCGAUUGUCAUAGUUUAUAAAAGGUUUUAUUUUUUUACAUUUGCAAGGUGAUUUCUGACUUGAGUAUUACAAGUUUAGGAUAAAGUACAAAUAGUUCAACGGAGUUCUGUAAGAGGAUCAACUCCCUCUCUUUACAAGAUGUUAUUAUGGCGCAACAAGAUUGCACUAAGAUGUACUAAUGCAAAAGCCUUGGUACUUCAGUUCUGCAUAAUAAUAAACAAACAACAGCGAA